AUGAGAAAAUUGUAUAGGAAGCUGGUUUCAAUCAGAGACCCAUUUGGUAGGGUGAAGAGACACGUUAGCUCAAGCUCACAUUCAGGAGGAUUUAGAGCUUUCAGCGACAGAAAAUGGAUGUUCCCUUUUCUAGCAACCUUGUUCAUCUCGAUUGCUCUCCUGAUGUUGUUGUCCAUCUCUGGUCGAACCAGCUCUUAUGUGGAAGCAGACCCAUUGCCAUCAGAUGUUGUGUCAGAGUCUAAUGACUACUUUGUAGAAUCAGAUUUCAGACAAUCGAAGAAUGAUGUUAAUCCACCAGAGCUUCCUAGGUUAGCUUAUUUGAUAUCAGGAACAAAAGGUGAUAGUCGUAGGAUGAUGAGGACUUUACAAGCUGUGUACCAUCCUAGAAACCAGUAUGUUCUGCAUUUGGAUCUUGAGGCUCCUCCUCGAGAACGCAUGGAACUAGCAAUGUCUAUGAAGAGUGACCCGACUUUCCGUCAGAUGGAGAAUGUUCGGGUGAUGGCUCAGUCUAAUCUUGUUACUUACAAAGGCCCUACAAUGAUUGCUUCUACUCUUCAAGCCGUUGCAAUCUUGCUAAGAGAAAGCUUGCAUUGGGAUUGGUUUCUUAAUCUUAGCGCUUCAGAUUAUCCUCUCGUAACACAAGAUGAUUUGCUUCAUGUCUUCUCAAAUCUGUCAAGGAAUUUCAAUUUCAUUGAGCAUAUGCAGCUCACCGGGUGGAAACUGAAUCAGAGGGCUAAAUCAAUCAUUGUUGAUCCAGGCCUUUACCUGUCGAAGAAAUCCGACAUUGCUUGGACUACUCAACGACGAUCACUUCCAAGUUCUUUCAAGCUGUUCACCGGCUCGGCUUGGAUAAUGUUGACUCGAUCUUUCCUAGAGUAUUGCAUCUGGGGAUGGGAUAACUUCCCGAGAACGAUACUAAUGUACUACACUAAUUUCGUAUCUUCUCCUGAAGGAUACUUCCACACAGUGAUCUGCAACAGCAAAGAGUUUGUCAACACUGCGAUCGGGCAUGAUCUACACUACAUUGCCUGGGACAAUCCUCCAAAGCAGCAUCCGGUUGCUCUCUCGCUGAAGGAUUUUGACAAUAUGGUCAAGAGCAAUGCUCCGUUUGCUCGCAAGUUCCACAAGAACGAUCCUGUCUUGGACAAGAUUGAUAAAGAGCUAUUGGGACGGACUCACCGGUUUGCACCAGGGGGAUGGUGUGUUGGGAGCUCGGAUAAUGGCGAUGAUCCGUGCUUGGUGCAAGGAAAUGACUCGGUGUUGAGACCCGGACCCGGUUCUGAGAGGUUGCAAGAGCUUGUUCAGACACUGUCGUCUGAAGAAUUUAAGAGAAAACAGUGUUCUUGA